AUCUCUCCCGGGUUCUCCUGGCACCCAGGAGGAUGGGGCGGCCAGUCUGCAGUGCUUAGACAGGCAGCGCUACAUCGCCUGGGGCUCCCGCGAACCCCAGCGCAGUUUCCAGAUUUUGCGAGCCCAGAAUAAGGUGCGGCUCCGUAGGCGGGCCGGGGCUCCCCGCCGCGGAGGGGUUGGGGAGGGGCGGGGUCUCCCUCAUGCCAUUGGCUGAAAGUAGCUCGACGUCAUCGGAUGGAGGCGGGACGGGGGCAACCAAAGUUCUGGAGUCCCGGGCGCAUAGCGGGCUCGAAGCAUUUGCAGGCUGCGCGCUCGCUCGGAGAGUAGCUGCCGCUGUUCCCUGUUGUUGAGCUCAAUCCAGGGCGCGCCCUGCUUUCCUCAUUCCCUCCGUUGCUGGCAACCUUGUGCACCUUACGGAGGCUGAAUGACGGGCCCGCGUCGGACCAGCAGCUGCUUGGGACUCUCAGGAAGCUGAGCCCCUGCCAAGAAGAGAUUGGCGGCGGGGCACCCUCUGUCAAGGCUCCUGGACCUCCAGGGACGGCCCCGCCCCCCGGGGGGGACAACUUUGGGGGCCAUGUCUGCCAAUUUGAGCCUCAGCAUUCAAAACAACUCCACUCAGGGGGGUGAAGCGUGGAUGGUAGGCUUGGGCAUCGUCAUGUCAACUAUAGUCCUGGCCACUGUCUUCGGCAACGUGUUGGUCAUCACAGCCAUAGCUAGGUUCCAGCGUUUGCAGACUGUCACUAACUACUUCAUCACAUCAUUGGCUUGUGCUGACCUGGUUAUGGGGCUGGCGGUGGUGCCCUUUGGUGCCAGUCACAUCCUCAUGAACAUGUGGACCUUUGGGAACUUUUGGUGUGAGUUCUGGACUUCCAUCGAUGUUCUGUGUGUCACAGCCAGCAUCGAGACCCUCUGUGUUAUUGCUGUGGACCGCUACUUUGCCAUCACGGCACCCUUUCGGUACCAGAGCAUGCUUACCAAGGGCAAGGCCAGAGUGGUCAUCUUAGUGGUCUGGGUGGUAUCUGGCCUCACCUCCUUCCUGCCCAUUCAGAUGCACUGGUAUCGGGCCAGUCACAAGGAAGCUCUCUCGUGUUAUGAGAAGGAGACCUGCUGCGACUUUUUCACUAACCAGGCUUAUGCCAUUGCUUCUUCCAUCGUGUCCUUCUAUCUGCCUCUGGUGGUCAUGGUAUUUGUGUACUCUCGAGUCUUUCAGGUGGCCAAAAAGCAACUUCAAAAGAUAGAUAAAUCUGAGGGUCGCUUUCAUGUCCAGAACAGCAGCCAGAUGGAACAGAAUGGAAGGACAAGUCACCGAAGGUCUUCCAAGUUCUGUUUGAAAGAGCACAAAGCUCUUAAGACCUUAGGCAUCAUCAUGGGGACCUUUACUCUCUGUUGGCUACCUUUCUUCAUUGUCAACAUUGUCCAUGUGAUACAGGACAACAUCAUCCCCAAAUAUGUGUACAUUUUUCUGAACUGGGUGGGUUAUGCCAACUCAGCCUUCAACCCACUGAUCUAUUGUCGGAGUCCUGACUUCAGGUAUGCCUUUCAGGAGCUUCUCUGUUUCAGGAGGUCAGCCCUGAAGCUCUAUGGCAAUGGCUACUCCAGCAACAGCAAUGGGAGGAGUGAGCACAAUGGGGAGCAUGGUAGCUGUCCCCCUGAGCAGGAGAAGGAGAUUGAGCUGCUGUAUGAAGACCUUCCAGGCACUGAGGGCUUUUUAAACUGUGCAGGUACUGUGCCUAAUGCUAGCGCCGACUUAGAGGGCCAGGAACAGACUCUGGAUGAUACCCCCUUGUGACUGUCUCUCUGGUUGGUAAAAACCCUCAGCAAACCAAGCAAGGUGGGAAAAAAGAAAGAAACAAUUUUUAAAAAGAACAACUGCCAAACCAAACAAACCCCAAAACAACAACCCUUCACAAACCCAUAAACACUAAGCCUUCUCUUUAACUUGUGAGCUAGAAAUGUCUAGUCAGCCUGGAGAGAGAUGGGCAGGAGGGAGGAGGAUGGUCUUAGUCUAUUUAUUGUUUAAGUUAUCAGAAAACAAAACAACUCUUGCACUGAUUCUAGGGAUUCCUCAUUUCUGUAACAGUUGGGCUCUGCCUGGAAUAGAGUUUGGAAGUGUAUCUCUCACUUCAAGGAGCUUGGGCCUUGAGGACCUGAGUCUAGUUUGGAUGGUUUUCUCAUAGAUCUACCUCACUUUUCAAGUAUUAGGGUUAGCAUACUUCUACUUGGGACAUCUCUCUGGAGAAGCAGGCCUUCCCCUUGGGCCUCAUGGAUGCUCCAGCUGGACCUGGCUAUCAAUGUGGAUUCGUCUCCUCCUCUUAUUUGCUCACAUGGGCUGUUGGAGACAGGAACACUGAGGGGGCAGCUUCUGCUGUUGAAUGAGCAAAGUCUAAAGUUUACAGUAAAUAAAUUGUUUUGCUGUGACAUCAUUGCACCUGUUUGUCCAAAGCCCCCAGCGGAGCAUUCUUGUUGGAAACCACAGGUAACUGUUUGCAAUAGCUGUCCGGUGACUUAAUGGUAAAUUAAUAGUAAUAAUAAUGAUACCUCACAUUUCUGUGGUGUUUGCCAAUUUUAGCUAGUGCUAUGCCUCGCAGCCUUGUGAGAGAUGCAGUGUAAAUAUUAUCUCCAUUCUAGUGAGGAACUUGAGGCUCUGGAGGUAAAGUAUUUACCUGCCAUCAUACAGCCACAAAUUGUCGGUGGGGACUUGAACUUGGGGCUUCUACUCUAUUGCCAGUGUUCUUUAUGUCAUACCAUACUUCCCAGAAUUACAUUUCCACAUAGCUUGUCUGUUGGCAUUGAGUCUGUUAUAAUAAACAUAUGUCUCAAGUAAUCCUUAGACCCCAAGUCAAACUCUUCUGAUUUGCAUAUCUCUUCUCUUGUAAUUAAGGAUAUUGUUCAUUAGUGCACCUAUUUAUGUAUUAUUUAUAUGUAAAUAUAUUUAAUAAUUAUUAAAUAAUAAAAUUAUUGUUUAUUAUUAAUAAGAAAUUGGCAAUUUCCCAUUAAUUAUUUAUCCUGAAAUUAAUGGGAAGAUGAUGGUAUAAUGGGAGAGGAGCCCAGCUGGGUUCAAGUGCCCACUGACACUUAUUACCCCUGUGACCUUAGUGGCCUUCUAACCAACUUAGACCUCUGUUUCCUCAUCUGUAAAAAGAGGAGGUUGGACUAGCUGACCUCUGACAUCCCUCAAAGCUCUGGAUUUAGUAUCCUAUGGCCAAGUAGAAAAUUCAGUCCGAUUCAAGAGUAAUCAAUAGCACUUCAAAAAUUACAAAGCCCUUUAGGGAAACAUUAUCUCAUUUGAUUCCCCCUACCCUGCUUUCAUGUUGACAGCGGUACAUCCCUAUUUGUCUAACAAAAAAGAAAACAAAAAAACUGAGGCCCGUAGAGGAGAAGAAACUUCUUCAAGGGUCUUCUGGCUAGUAAAGUGUUGGAGCCAAGAUUCAGAUUGAAUGCUUCAUACCCUACAUGCAGCCCUCUUCCAGCUGCCCCACAAACUGUCUCCUGAUAGAUUUACUGUGUGUUGUUUACAUCAGAAAGACUGACUCAUGGACAUGAAGUGAUAGACAGCCAUCUCUCUGCCCGCUGUGCAUGGCAGCCUCCCAAAUUUAUGUCCUUACUAUGCCUUUCCAUGGGAAUCCUUGAACCUACCAAGGCUGGUGGGGUGGGGGUGGAGUGGGGCUAGUUGAAAAAGAAAGAGAAUUCAGCUGUUUGUGAUGAAAAUGCUGCCCCCAAAAUGAUAGCCUCUCUCAUUGCAGAGGACCAGGAAUUAGCUGGUCAAAGAGGUGCUCAGAAUGAGUUAAUUAGAAUAGCUCAAUAUUUGCUAAGAUUCAUUUCCCCUUCACCCACUCCUCUGCUAGCUAGCUUUGUGACCUGAUCACUAAAUCUCAUCUUUGGUUUCCUUGGGGAAGAGACGAGGGGAGAGUAGUGAGUGGAGAGGGGAUGAGGACAAGCUUUAGUUCGAUGGUCUUUAAAGUUCCUUCCAGGCCUAGUUCUGCAUUAGAAAUUUGAAGCUUGGAGCUGGAUAAGAUUUGAGCGAUCCCAGAUUCAUAGAACUUUUUUAAGGUCACGUGAGUUCAUAGAAUUUAAAGCAGGAAGGCACCCAGUCCAACCUUUUCACAGCUGACUUUCCAUAGAUUCAGAGAGGUUGUGACUUGUCCAGGGGUACACAGUAAGUAAGUGGUAGAACUGAAUUGGAUUCAAACUCAAGUCUUUGGAAUCUAAUAUUCGCUCCCCUGCAUCUUGGUUCUCAAGGUCACUCCAGGUAGUUAGUAGCAGAAUUAAGAUUUGAAUCAAUGUCUUCUUACUGGUAGGAAUCCUGAUUUGCCCAGAUUUAUUAAGCAUAUAUUAAAACAUUUGCAAUGUGUUGAUCACUGUGCUGAAUACUGAGGGUGCAAAACAAAGCAAAACAGAACAGUCCAUGCCCUUGAGGUCAGAGGUAACACCAGAACCCAAGUAUUGUGAUCUUCCCUGUUCCUGGCCCCCUUACCCCAAGGGUGCUUUAUCCACUACCCCAUCCUUAUUUCAAUGCUGCCAUAAUAGAAAGCAUCCAGGUGGUACUGGAGUUGCAAGGAGGACACUGGUUCAGACAGGUUUAUAAGUGGUGAGAGGGUUAGUGAACAGUCACUACUGUUUUAUGGAGUGACUCUAAUGCCCUUAAAAGCCACUUUUAUGACAAUCAGAAAAGUAAACACAUUCUUUUACUUCCUCUCCUCUCCUCUCCUCUCCUCCAUCCUUUUUCUAUUUUUACAUCAGAUAUCUGAAAGAGGACUUUAGUCUGAAUUCAUUGAUCAUUAAUUUGUUCCUUAACUGAAUUGCUGCUUCUCUUCCAUACCAUGAUUUUUCCCCCCUCAUCUGUCAGCACAACUCUCCUAUAGACUUAAUCUUACCAGUGGAAAGGAAUUCACUUAGACUAUAGUAUUAGAGCUGGAAGAGCACUGGAAUAUUAGAAUUGCAAAGGACCUUAAAACAGAUUUUGGAAAGAGGACAUUGCAUAUAAAAUGUGUUAGAUUUAAUGAGCAUGGGCACUUUUCAUACAUACAGAUUGCACUUUCUGUACUCUAGAAGACCGUUUUCAUGAGUUGCUAUGGCCAAAAAAUGUCAUCGCCUGGUAUUGGGCCUCCUUGCACUUAGCCAGAGUCAGACAAGAGAGACAUAGCCCAUCAUGGGAUCCAUAAUCAGUUGUUUUAACUUGAUGGAGCUGUCAGAACUUGUGUUCUGCUGGCAGUCGCAUCCAUGCCAUCAUAUGGUACUGUGGGGCUAAUUAUGCACAUUCCUGUGUGUAUAUGUGUGUGUCUUGGAGGAAGGAGUUAGAAGUUACAGGAUAAGAUAUCAGAGUGAGGAGAGAACAUAGAAUGCUGGAACUGGAAAAGAUGGAUCAUAAAGAGAGAGAAGAAGCAUCAGCUCCAAACCCUCAUUUUAUGGAUGUUGUAGCUGAGGCCCAGAAAAGCAAAUGACUUUCUCCAUUCUGCCUCUAUAAUUUUGUCACCCUGGUGACCAUGGCUGUCUCACUUGACCUUUCUGAGCUUCAGUCACUCAUUUGUAAAAUAAAAGUUUUGGAUAAGUAGUUUCUAAUGGGCCUUCUAGGCCUAAAUCUAUGAUUCUGAGAGUAUGGAGCAAAUGAGUGACUAGUCUGGACUAGAACCCAGGCCUCUUUACUUUCAGUAUUAUAUAAACUCAUUCCCCAACACCACAAGUGCCUUCCUGUGUUUCCUGUUGGUUACCAGGGUGAUGGGCAUUGGGCGUGUGCAUUGUGAUCUCAGUAAAAUGCUGAAUGGCUUGAUGGUUUUAGUAAAUGUUGUAGGUUAUUGUUGGCCUUCCUCUUGUACAGCACUUUUAGGGCUUGGGAUAUCUGUUAUCUCUCUUUUUCAUUUGUCCCCCUUGGAACCCUUCCCCUUUGUAAAAGUCCAUUUAUAACUUCCCUAGCUCCCCCUUAGACUCCUUUUUCCUUUCUCCAAACUUUACCUUCUCUCUUGGCAUUGAUACUACGUAUUGGUUCCAAGGCAGAACAGUAAAGACUCAACAAUGGUGAUUAAGUGACUUGUCCAGGGUCCCACAGCUAAAAAAGUGAGAUCAGAUUUGAACCUUUCUCCAGGCUAUCCACUGAGACAUCCCUCCUCCCCUUGGACUCCUAAUAGAGAAUCAAAAAAUCUUAGUUUUGGAAGUCACAGAAGAGAUCAUCUAGAAUUAUCUCAUUUAGAGUAGGGAGUAAUCUUAGAGAUCAUUUAUGAAGCCCUGCUACCUGCCAUAUACUAUGCUGGGUAUCAGUAGAGAUAUAACCCCUGUCCUCAGGAAGUGUGUAUUGCCCUGGAGAAGAUGGGGGAGAUCUAUGUUCACAUAGAUGCAUGUUGGUAUAUAUUGUAUAUAUGAUAAAUAUAUAUAUAUAUACACAUAAUAUUCUAUGACUAUGAAACCAAAUUGCAUGUAUAUAUACAUGUAUGCAUAUAUUACAGAUAUUUCUAUAACAGAUCUGUAGAGAUAUAUGUGUGUAUGUGUGUGUGUAUGCUUUUGUAUGCAUAUGUCAAAAGGAAGACACUGACAGCGCUUGAACUGAAGGACACCCGGGAUUCUAAGAGGCAGAGAUGAGGGCAGAGUGCAUUCCAGGCACGGAGAAUGCAAAAGUGCAGAGAUGAGAGGUGGAGUACUGUAUAUGAGAAAUAGCAAGACCAGUUUGACUGGACCAUAGAGGAUGUGAGAGGGAGUAAGGCAUCAUGAGAUGAAAAUAGAUUGUAGUCACUUGUGAAGGAUUUUCAGUGCCCAACUGAGGAGUUUUGAUUUGAUUCUAAAGGCAAUUAGGAAUUAAUAGAGUUUUUUAAUUUGGGGAACCAGUUCCUAAAAUUGAAUAACCUGGUUUAAUAUCCUCAUUUUGAACAGAAUAGAAUACUGAGGCCCCGAGAAAUAGAAUUAUUUCCCCAAGAUCAGAGAGCUAGUAAGUAGAUCUGAACCCUAAAGAAUCAUUUCUCUCUCCUCAGAAACACCUACUAGAUAUUUUCUCCUUUCAGAAUACCUGAAGAUUUCCUAAUUCAGCACACUUCUGACCUAAGUCAGCACACAUCUUCCUGCGGUCAUUCAUAUUUUGGGAUUAAUGUAACUACAUAAAACUUUUUCAGCCCUGGGGCCUUGAGCAAUAACUGCCUUUCCUAGGAUAUGAACAUGGAGAGUGUGCAAAGAGACCUUAGAAGCCAUCUAAUGUGACUCGUUCUUCUUCCAAACCCUCUUACAGAUAAGGAUCUAAGGCCUGACUUGUCCAAGGUCACUCAGGUAGGAGCAGCUGGGAACUCUCGUCCUCUGACUUUAAACUCCACUUUCUUUAGAAAAUGAACAGUGGCCGAUCUGAUUUUUUUUUUCAUGGUUCUAUUUGUGUCUCUCUGUCAUGUAUAUUUGUUUGUUGUCGGGGGUUACAUAACAUUUGUGGUAUAUUCACUAGAACAAAACUUCCUUUGCCUAGGCUAGAAGGGCCCAGGAACUGUCAAAUGAGAAACUCAUAUUGAGAUGCCAGCUGACAGGUGUGUCUUGUGGGGGUGGAGGGAGGGGACGUUUACUGAGGGAAGGAAUCCAGGGAAAGGGAGGAUGGGAAGGAAACAGGCUGCAGAGUGCCUCACUGGGGAGCUGGCUCUGUUGGAUCCUGCAGGAAGAAGUCAGUGCCACUAUUAUUUAUCCUACUAAAAUAGACCGGAGUGAUCUGGAGAUCUAUAACAUUGGAUGUCUGCCUUUAAGGAGUUUGUAAUCGACUUGGAAAAACAAGACAAACACCCGUGUCAUGGCAGGAAAAGACAGUGACUGGCUGCGAGGGACAGUGGAAAAGCCACUGGACCUGAGAGUCCAAGGUCUGGAUUCUAGGAUCAGCUCUGACCUCGACUGUGAUUGACAAUAUCAUUUUUCCUCUCUGAGCCCAACUUUUGUCUUUUGUAGAAUGAGACAGCACAUCUUUAGGAUCUUUCAUGAUCUCUAGGAUGGUCCUAAAUUCCAAAUCCUAAAUUCCAAAGUCACUUCUAGCUCUAGCAUUCUAUGUUCUAUGUUCUAAGAGUGUCCAUUCUAUAUUCUCAUAUUCUGGCGUCCAAGGGGCUUUCCAGCUGGCUCUGAUGUUCCAAGUUCUCCUACUGCCCUGGUUUUCUGCUUUCUAUAUCCUAACAGCCUGCAAGAUUCCAGGCAUAUGUAUAGACUGUAAGUUCCAUUUGAUAUCAAAGUGGGGAGAGCUAUGUGUGUUCUGAGUGGAUGGGAAAUACUUCUCUCAUUACCGUGUUAUCAGAGGUAGCUGGUUGUAGCAGAAGAGCGACCUGCUCAUUGGAAUGCCCAGCCUUCUUCUCUGAGCCCUCAUUUUGGCUCUGGGUUUCAAUUGAAGGGUUGGGCCAGAGUGAAAAGAGGAUGUGAAACUUUCAAAACUGAUCACAGCUGGGUAAAACUGCAGCAACACAUUUGGCACUGCCCAGAUUGCACCCAGGCAAACUGGUUCUUGGUGAGUUUGGGAUGGUGCCCAUGGCAGCCUGAUUGCAAGGCAGGUCUGUGGCUGGAGUUGUCCUGAGGCCUGGAACUUGUUAGAAACCCGGCAGGCCACAGCUGGCUUGUCAAGGAGAUUUUAAAUGUUAUGCUCACUUUCUUAGUACAAUAGAAUUGAUUUUCUGGCAGCAGGGAGAGUUUGAUAUAGUGGGGGAAAGUCAUUCAGGCAAAAAUAAUAGUAAUAGCCAAACAACAAAUGUUUUUCUUGUCCAAUACCUUAUUCAACCCUCAUAGAAGCCCUGUGAGUUAGGGAGCACAAGUGCUAUAAUUAUCCCCAUUUGAUAAAUGAAAAAUUCAGCAUAUCUCUUCUUAGAUUCACAAAACGUCAGAGCUGAAGGAACCUUAGAGAUCAUCUAGGCAGAUAUGGUGCCACAGGAAGAUCUGAGUUCAAAUGUGGCCGUAGACACUUCCUAGCUGUAUGACCCUAGGUAAGUCAUUUAACCCUGUUUGCUUCAGUUUCCUCACGUGUAAAAUGAAUUGGAAAAGGAAAUAAAUGGCAGAUCAUUCCAGGAUCUUUGCUGAGAAAACCCCAAAAGGGGUCAUGAAGAGUUGGACAUGACUGACCAACAACAGUGCCAGAGCAGUGGCUCACAGAGGAAGAACCACAGACACCAAGAAUUAAAGUCUCCUGUCAAUCUGUAUAAACAGGUUAUAAGUAGGUGGGCAAGGACUCAACCCAGGACCUCUGAAUUUAUAUGCAGUGCUUUUUCUAGUGUACUCUACUGUUAUUCAUUCAUCUAACUGAUACUUGCCAAGGGCCAAUCCUCCUGUGUGAUUUUGCACAGGGAUUGUUCUCAACAAAGCUGGCUUCAGUGAGAGGAUAAAUAAGAUUGCAUGGGCAAUAUUUUGAAUACUUUAAAAAAGCAAACUUCUCAAGCACAUUUAAGAACUUUAAAAAUGCCAUUUAUAUAUGAUUAAGAAGAGGUGGCUUGGCUGGUGUGGUAAGGAAAAUAUUUAAAUAGGAGUCAGAAGGCUUGCAUUCAGAUCUCUUCAUUUCUUUCUUUGAACAUCAGGUUAUAACUUUGUAAAAUGAAAGAGUUUUUUUAUUGGAUGACCUUUAGGUCUCUCAUGGCACUAAUAUUCUGGGAGUUGAUGGGUUAAUUUUAAAUGGAUCGAUCAUUCAUUCAUUCAUUCAAUAACAAAGUUGAGAAAUAUCAUAAUUAAUAAUCACCCACAUCUGAGAUGAUAUUUGCGAGGAGAAAUGUCAAACGCCUUCACUUAGGUGCAAAAAAAUCAUCUGUACAAGUAUAGAGAUAAAGAACUUUGUUUUUUUUUCAUUGUUCAAUCAUGCCAAACUCUGUGACCUAAUUUGGGGUUUCAUUGGCAAAGAUACAGGGGUGGUUUGUCAUUUCCUUCUCCAACUCAUUUUACACAUGCAGAAACUGAGGCCAACAGGGGUUAAGUGAUUUGCCCAGGGUCACACAGCUUGUAAACAUCUGACUGGAUCUGAUGAGUCCACCUGAUUUCCAAGUCUGGGACUCCAACCACUCCACCUACUUGGCCAGUUAUAUCACAAAUGAUGGUGGCCUGAAAGCUCACGUGGAUACAUAUUGAGAUGAGGCCUGGAUCUCUGAUUUCACUGGUAUGGGGAACAACCCCAGUGAUGAGGCAAUGAGGCAAUUCCCUUUUAGGUCAGUACCUUCUCAACUCUCUAAGCUCACACAAUAGCAAAACAAACAAACAAACAAGCAAGCAAACAAAACCCUAACUUCAUUUAAACCAUGUUAAUAAGAAUUAGUGUCUAGAUGAGGGAGGCAGUCAUUUAACCACAUCUAAGUGAUUCUCUCAGUUUUUGGUCCCACGUUUUAGGAGUUAUAUGGACAAUCUGGAGCAUUUAUCAAGAGAAAGGUAAUCAGGAUGGUGAAGGGACUGAAGACCAUACCAUAUGAGGGUCACUUGAACAAAAAGAUGUUUAGUAAUAAGGAAAGAAGACUCCAGGAGAUUUUAUUUUUGUCUUCAAGUAUUUGAAGGACUGUCAUGUGGUAAAAGGAUUAGACUCAGUUCUGCUCAGUUCCAAAUGGGAAAACUAGGACCAAUGGAUAAGUGUAAUAAAACAACUUUCAGUGUAAUUCCAGGGGAGUUGGGGGCGGAAGCCUUCCAGAGAGAUGUCCAAAAGCUGAAUUGGGCUACCUUGUCAGAUAGUGAGUUCUCUAAGUUUGGAAGUCUUUACAUGGAACCUGGAAGACCAUUUGUCUUGGAUGGGAUUCCCGUUCAACUCUGACUUGAUUAGAUAUUCUCUGUCCUGUUAACUCUGAGAUUCCAUAAGUCCUAUUGAUUCUGUGAAUUGGACUACUUUGGGGAAUUAGUAACCUCCUAUCCUUGGAGGUACUUGAGCAGAGGUUAAUUCUAUCAGGAAUGCUAAAGAAAAGAUUCCCAAAUGGGGUGAGAGGUUGGAAGAGAUGGCCACUAAAGUCCAUUCCAACUCUAAGAUUUAGUGACACUGUGUCCUUGAAAGUACAUGAAAAUAAAUUGUAUUUCUUUUUUUAAAAUGUUAUUCUUGAAGGCAGACUUUUCUCCAAUUCACACUAGCCUUCCCCCUAGUGAUCUGUAGCGAAGGCUUUUCACUGUAUUCCCAAAUGGGGAACUACCCAGGAAAUCAGUCUCUUAACAGCUCUGGGUUGUAGAGUUGGGGGGAGAUGGAAACCCAGAAAUAGAGCAAAAAGGUUAAGCAGUUUUCCAAACUAUUAGACCCGUUCAUCAGCUGUCCUUCCCAUGCCUUUUCCAAGUGACUUAUGACCUCCCAGAGAGAAAAUAAUGAGUCUUCUCUGCAAAGUCUAUUAAGACUUUGUUCUCCCUCCCUCCAAUCAUUGUACUUCCUGUAAUCUUGUUUCCAUCACUCCAUUUAGUAAUAAUAACUUCCAUUUUUAUAGUACUUUAAAGUCUAUAGAACUUUCCUCCCAACCACCUUAGGAGGGAUAAUAUUCUGAGUGUCACUAUCAAGAUUGACCAUAGUGAGUAGAGCUACCAUUAGCUGGUUUUUCUCUAUCUCCUUCUUAUCUCUUCUCAAAUCUCCCAUGGUUCUUCUCUCCCCCUCCUUCAACUGAGAACUUUGCCUUAUGUUUUUUUUUUUUAAUUGAAUCUUUUUGCCACGAGAUCUGUCUUCUCUCUUCUUCCUUGUCUUAUAUCACCAAGAUGUCUUCUGCCAUUAUCUCUUCCUUCACUCUUGUCUCACAUGAUGAAGUAACCUUACUCAUUGUGUAAGAGUUAAAAUAGGGGUUUGACUAAGUGAGAGAGCAACUUUUAUUUUUUUUAAACCCUUACCUUCCGUCUUGGAGUCAAUACUGUGUAUUGGCCUCAAGGCAGAAGAGUGGUAAGGGCUAGGCAAUGGGGGUCAAGUGACUUGCCCAGGGUCACACAGCUGGGAAGUGUCUGAGGCCAGAUUUGAACCUAGGACCUCCCGUUUCUAGGGCUAGCUCUCAAUCCACUGAGCUACCCAGCUGCCCCCUUAGAAAGAGCAACUUUUAAUAAUUUAAGUUUUAAUGAGAAUAUAGCAGAGUUGUAAAUUAAUAUUACUCCCUUAAGCCAGAGAAAGGAAAACUUCUAGCAGCUUUUAACAAUUAACAAUUUAGUUCAAUUAAAAGAGAGAUAAUAAAAGAAUAUAGUAAAAUGAAUAUAGUAAAGGAGAAAAAUAUAGGAAACAGGUAGAGAAAGAAAAUUCCUUGAUGCCUAAAUAGAUUCCCUGUAAUCACCUAUAAUUACUACCUAAACUGUCUAUAUCUACCUAUAAUAACUACCAACUAAUAACUAACCCACACCACCAGCAACCAACUUAUGACCAGCAGCCAACUUCCCCGCAACUGCCAGCCCUAACUGCUAGCAACUGACUCCCCUUUUUCUACCUCAGUUCCUGUCUCUAUCAUUUCUCCUUCCUGUCACUGUAAGCUGUUUAAUCCCUACACAUCUCUAUGGUAAGAGGAUCUCUAGGUCCCCCAUUAAAUUAGAAAAAAUAAAUAAAGAAUUCCUUUUUACACUUACCAAGGCUACCCUCUCUUUAUGCACAAGUGAUCCUAUUCCCUCCCAUACCCUAAAGCAGAUUGCUUCCUCUGUCAUCCCUAUGUUCUCAUUCAUCUUCAAUCUCUGCCUGUUUACUGACUCCUUCUCUACUGCCUAGAAACAUGCCCAUGUCACCCCCAUCCUUUAAAAAAUCUUCCUUUGAUCCUUCUGUUCCUGAUAUGUAUCAUUCUAUAUUUCUUCUGUCUGUUCUGAUAAAAUUUAUGGCUAAAUGAGAAAACUUUUUACAAUAGGUGCCUACACUUUCUCUCUUCCCACUCUCUUUUUAACCAUUUACAAUCCAAUUUCUGACAUUAUUCUACUGAAACUGCUUUUCAUAAUCUCUUAGUUGCUACCUCCAAUGGCAUAAGGAUUUUUGAAAUCCUUAUUCUCCUCCACCUCUUUGCAGUUACUGACACUGCUGAUAAGUUUCUUCUGGCUACUCUCUUCUCUUAGAUUUUUGGGCCACUUCCCUCUUCUGGUUCUUCUCCUACCUCUCUUAUUGGUUUUCUUUGCUGGAUCUUCAUCCAAGUCAUGCUUUUUAGCUACAGGUGUCCCACAGGGUUCUAUACUGGGUCCGCUUCUCUUCUCCCUCUAUACUGUUUCAUUUGGUGAACUCAUCAGCACCUAUAAAUUUAAUUGUCAUUUUUAUACUGAUGAGUCUCAGAUCUACUGAUCCUGCCCUAACUUCUUUGCCAAUUUCCAGUCUUGCAUAUCCAACUGCCUUUUAUAUGUCUUGAAAUGGAUGACCAGUAGACAUCCUAAACUCAAGUCCAAAACUGAACCUACUAAAUUUCCUCCUAAAAUAUCCUACCUCCCCUAAAAUUCUCUGUUACUUCGAAGGCACCAUUAUUCUCUCAAUUUCUCAGGUUUGUAAACUAGAUGACAUUCUUAUUUCUUACCUCUAAAUACCCUCAAUUUCUCCUUUGUAACAAUUCUGGAAUAUGCUCCUUUUCCUCCUCGGAUAAUGUCACCAUUCUAGUAGAACCUCUUCUUGCUUGGAAAAUUGUAAUAGCCUACUGAUGGGUCUGCCUGCUUCAAGUUUCUUUCCAUUCCAGUCUGCCUUCCAUUUUUUUCCCCUAAAUUUUCAAAUGAUUUUCCUAAAGGUCUCAUAGGUCAUUCCCCUCAAAUUAAAAAAAAAUAAUCAGUGGCUCCCAAUUCCCUCUAGGAUCAAACAUAAAAUCCUCUUUUUAGCUUUCAAAGCCUUUUCCUUUUAUAACCCAGUACCACCUCCCAUUUCUUUUGCAGUUUUCUUAUACCUUAUUUGUACCUUAUCUUCCCACAGUACUCUUCAGUCCAGUGACUCUGGACUCUUGGCUUGUUCUCAAACAAAACCCUCCAUCUUCUGCUCUAAACAUUUUCUCUGGUUAUUCCUCAUGCCUAGAAUUCUCUCACUCCUCAUCUUCUGUCUCUUGACUUCCUUCAAGUCCCAAAUAAAAUCCCAGGAAGUCUUUCCCAAUCUUUCUUAAUUCUAGUGCCUUCCCUCCCUUAAUUAUUUCCUAUUUGUUUCUCAUAUGACUUGUUGGUGCACAUUUGUUUGCUUAUAUUUCCCAUUAGAUCAUGAGCUCCUUGAGCCGAGCAGAGACUUGUAUUUUGCCUAUUUUUGUAGGUUAUCUUUCCCAUUAGGCUGGAAGCUCUUUGAGGGCAGGGCUGUAUUUUGCUUCUUUUUGUAUCCCAGGCACUUAACACAGUGCCAGGCACACAGGAGGUACUUACUAAAUACUUAUUGAUUGACUGACCAACUGACCCUUUGGCUCACACUUAUUGUGCAAUCAUGGAUAGGCUACUCAAUCCUGACCAAGCUAAUAAUACUGUCAAAAUUGAAGAGACAGCUUGUUAUAAUAUAUGAGCACUGGACUUUGAGACUUUAAGCCAGAAACACUGGAGUUCGAAUCCUGACUCUGACACUUACUAGUCCUUUGACUCUGGGCAAGUAAUUUAAUCUCUCUUAGUCUUACAUUCCUCACCUGCAAAAGGGGAAUAUAAAAGUAUUUUACUUUACAAAGUUGUGACUACCAAAGGAAAUAAUAUGAAAAGUGUUUUGCAAACCUUAAAAUGCUAUGUUAUUAGUAGAUGAGUGCUAGACAUGGAGUCAGGAAUAUCUAAGUUCAAAUUUAGACACUUACUAGCUGUGUGACAGCAAAUCACUUUAUUUUCCUCAGUCUAAGUUUCGUCUCCUGUAAAAUGGGUAUAAUAAUAGCAUCUGAUUGAGUUGUAAUGGCCAAUUGUGAUAAUGUAUGUAAAUCAUUUUGUCAAUUUAAAAAUGCUGAAUAAAUACUAUCUAUUAC